UAUCUUUAUUGUCAGUCACUGUCUUGAUCUCGAUCGGUUCGGAUGCAUUUUUAUGAGAAACUCCUCUAGACUGAAGAGAACGAACGAACGAACGAACGUGAAUUAUUCCCGAUUUAGUUUCUUGAAAGCAAAAAGGUGCUUAAGUGUCGUACUCGUAUUCAACAAGUGGACGAAAUUUUUUGCCAACAUGAUUCAACCACCAUUAAUUCGAAAUUUAAAAGAACUUUUGGAGCCAGUACUGGAACCGGGAACUAAUGUGCUGGGUUAUCAGGCAUCUUUUUUGACUGCUCCUGGUGAUAACUAUGGAAGUACUAUGUUAGCAGUGAUGGUGGAUAUUAGUAAUGCUGCUAAUGAGACGAAGAAACUACCGUUGGUGGCUAAAAUGAUACCAGCCAGUGAGGAGUUUUGGGAGGUAUUCCAGAUUGAUACAACGUUCGUAAAAGAGGCGGCCGUUUACUCGCAUAUUGUUCCCACGAUGGUUGAUCUGCAGCGAGAAGUGGGGUUUCCGGAAGCGGAAAUAGUUGACGUCUUCUGUCGCUGUUACAACACACGAGUUUCGCUGGAUCCAAACUGCAAGAAAGUCGAUGCGGAUGGGGUGAUUUUGCUAGAAAAUUUGAAGUUUGCUGGUUAUAUCACCGAAAAUCGGCGGAAAGGCUUUACCCGUGAACAGGCUGAGUUCAUCUUAAUGAAACUUUCUUUAUUUCAUGCCAUUCCAAUAGCAUUACGAUAUCAGAAACCGGAUAUUUAUGAGUCAAAUCUGAAAAAGUUCCUGAUCAAAUUCAAUAGUGCUGCUGGUUUGGGAGCUCAGACCGUCGAAAGGAUGGUGAACGUAACGCGAACAGAUUUAGUCAAAGCUGGAGUAGAAGUGCAACUGGUGGAACGGGUUACAGCUUUAGUAAACGUUUGCCGUCAUCGUCAAGCGAAGUUGACACCGGAUGAAUUGACGGAAUAUUUUUCGAUACUGCAUAAUGAUUUGUGGGUCAACAAUAUGAUGAUAAAGUAUGACGAUAGCAAAAGACCAGUAGGACUAAAAUUUGUAGAUUUUCAAUUAACUCAAAGAAAUUCUUUAGUAAGAGACGUUUUGUUUUUCCUGCUCACAAGUACCAACGAUCCUGAUUUGAAAAAUAGUAUGGACGAUUAUUUGGAGUUUUAUUUCAAGCAUCUGCAGUCCAAUUUGGCAAAGCUAAAAAUUCCUAAUUUGAGUCAGUAUACUUAUCAAAGUUUCCAGGCUGAAGUUAAUCGCAUCGCACCGCGGGAGAUAUUCCACAUACUAAUGAUGCUGAGAGUUGUAUUAGCCAAAAAGGAAUCAAUACCUGAGCAGAGUGAACAGGAUGUGGAGCUUUUUAGCAGUGACAAUCUCGUAGAGGAAGAUUAUUACAAUCAACUUUUUCUGGUGGUGAAAAUAUUCGACCAAAAAAAAUGGGUCUAGUGAGUUGUGUUAUAAACUGUUUUUCUAGCGAAAUUAUCAAUGUACAGUUAGUUUUAUUUUCUAAUAAAAUGGGUUACUGGUAAACGAGUAUAUUGUUAGAUUAGUGUGUUAAUAUGUUGAAUCAGAUAAUAGAACAAAUAUGGAAAGACUGUUAUAACGCCACACUUCAAAACCUCACAAAAUCAAACUUGAAUUAUUACAUAUGGCUUUGAGUAUUAAUUGAGAGUGUACCUUAUUAAAUACAUUGUCAAAUAAAAAAAAAACUUUUUUAAUCCAUCAA